GCAAGUUGGCUCCCUACAGCUCCAGUAUGUCAUCCUCACAUGAAGAAGAUGAUCGCGAUGACAUUGAGGAUCAAGAGAUUCAUGUCGACGUUGAUUCCGAUUCCCGUUUAUCAUGUGGCACGGGCUCAGAUAUCGAUAUGGAUGGUGGUAGUUGUUAUGAUGAAUCUGAAGCUCCCCUAAGUGAAACACAGUCAGAACAAACCCGUUCCUCGUCUAGUGAAAAUCUGCCUUUUAGUAUAUCGCGCCUGCUUUCAAAACCCUUCGAGCAUAACAACAACAAUAAUAAUAACAACAACAACAAUAGCAAUAGUAAUAAAUUGAGUGAACAGGAUUUACAAAAUGAACAAGAUUUGGCCGCCUAUAAAUUGGCCACAAGUUUAGCCUCAUCAACAUAUGGCGGUGCUACUGCACUUUACACAUAUCCACAUCUAUAUCCCUCAGCGGCAGCUGCUGCAGCGGGUCAUGUUUUAAGAGUACCACCACAACGGACACCAUUAACAUGGGCCUUACCGCCUUUACAUCAUGCUGCGCUGGCGCAUCAAGCCGUUAAAGACAGACUGGCAGCUGCCUUUCCCAUUGCCCGUCGCAUAGGUCAUCCCUACCAGAAUCGUACACCACCAAAGAGGAAAAAGCCCAGGACUUCAUUCACACGCAUACAGGUGGCCGAAUUGGAGAAAAGAUUUCACAAGCAAAAAUAUUUAGCAUCUGCGGAGAGAGCUGCUUUGGCGAGAGGUUUAAAAAUGACUGAUGCUCAGGUGAAAACGUGGUUCCAGAAUAGAAGAACGAAAUGGAGACGCCAAACCGCCGAAGAACGUGAAGCUGAACGUCAGGCAGCGAAUCGUUUAAUGUUGUCACUGCAAGCCGAGGCCAUAAGUAAAGGUUUUGCUCCACCGCCAUCAGCGCCCCUAACCACGCAAACGGUCAAUGGAGCACCUUUGGCAGCAUUACAUGGCUUACAGCCCUGGGCCGAAGCAUCGCAUGCAGCGGGAUGUUAAAGCCGUAAAAACUUCUCAAAAGAAAACUUAAAUCACAUGUGAUAAAAACAAAAGUGUAAAUACAAAAAAAAACUAAAAUCUUACAAAAAUGGCUAAAAUUGUAUUAAAAUAAAAAAAACAGAAAAAAUUUGAAAUAAACUGUAGAUUUCACUUAGAGUAGGUUUGCUAAAUAUAUUUUUUUUAAUUUAAGUAAAAAUAUAAAAAUCCUUAAACAAAAAACAGCUGUUGUAUCUCUUUAAAAUAAACUGUAAAUAGUAAUAAACCCAAAUAUAUAUUUUUUUGUUAAAUUAAGUUGUA